AUGGAACGUACAUUUGUUCAUCUGAGUCAGCUGGCUUUCCUGUUAAUCAACGGUCCUCUCGUCUUCCUCAACCUCGCUGCAAAUAUCUUCUACGCAUGUUGCUUGAUCUUCCCAACAUGCAACACACAAAGCUUCAAGCAGCCUUUAAAUAUGCUACUGGGAUAUCUUGUCUGGUGCACAACUUUAUAUUUUAUCUCUUUGAUGUUAGUGAGUGCCGUGUUUAAUUACGUUGGUGACUUUAACGUGUUUGUUGUGUCGUGGAUCAUUUUGAAUUGCUACGUGCAUAACAGCAUGACGUGUUCUGUUUGGCUGAACUUCUACUACUACAUCCAGAUUGUCCCUUCACAGCGAGCUCUUGUGAUCUGGGUAAAGAGGAACCUCAGGUCCAUCACCUGCGUUGCUUUGUUUCUUGAUGCGAUGUUUUUUUGUUUUGAUGGUGUCCUCAAUAUUGUAUAUCUGAUCACCUCCAGUGGGUUCGCCGAUAUCAAUGAUACACAGACUGAUGAUCACAUUGAUGAACUGUUCUUUGCAACCCACGUUUGUUUCUUCUUCAUCAAAGUGUACAUCGGAAUCUGCCUGUGUAUAAUGAUGGUUUCUAGCUUUUCCACGGCCCACUACCUGUAUAGACACAUUAGAAGUGUGGCACAGGGCGGCGGCUACUUCUCCUCUCCAAGGAGACGAAGUCAGAUGAGAGUUACCAUCACUGGGCUCUCUCAAGCAGUACUCUACUUCCUCUAUGCCACUUUCUAUUUCUUUGAUGAAUUUACCUACAUGUUCUCCCCGCAAUUUUAUCUCAGUGCUUGGGUCUCCUUCACAGUCACCUCCUUGUACUUAUCAGGCACCACAGUCAACUUGGGCAUUGGUCAGACUGCAUUCAAGCAAAGGGCAGCCGAUGUCUGGAAGGCACUCAAAGUACUGUGUGGUGUUGGCAUGGCAACAAAUGAUGUGAAAAUGCACUCCAGCCAGUUAACAUCAGGUGAAACAGCAAAUACUGUAACUGUCGGUGUCCAAAUGUCAUUGCAUUGA